AUGGAGAAGAAUGACUCGUCUCAAGCUUAUCCAAUGAAUGGUGGAGAUGGUGAUUCUAGCUACACUAAUAAUUCUUCCUAUCAGAAAUCACUCUCAGAUGUUGCUAUGUCACUCAUAAAUGAAGCUAUUGCUGAUAUGCUUGAUACCCAAAAUUUCGUCAGGGGACACCCUUUUCGUAUAGCAGACUUGGGUUGCUCCGUUGGCCCCAAUACUUUCACUACAGUGAAGAACAUAAUAAACUCCGUACAACAUAAAUAUCAAACCUUAAAAAUCACCCCAAUGCCAGAAUUCCAAGUGUUUUUCAACGAUCAUGCUACAAACGAUUUCAACACCCUUUUCAAAACCUUACCUGCUGACAAAGAAUAUUUUGCAGCCGGUGUUCCAGGAUCAUUUUAUAGUCGUUUGUUUCCUAGUUCAUCGGUUCAUGUUAUACACUCUUCGUUUGCUCUACACUGGCUUUCCAAAGUGCCUGAAGAGGUUUUAGAGAGGGGCUCGAUUGCUUGGAACAAGGGUCGAGUUCAUUAUGCUGGUUCGGAUGAGGAGGUGGUCUUGGCUUAUAAGAAGCAGUAUGUGAAAGAUACGGAGGCGUUCUUGAAAGCUCGAGCUGAAGAAGUUGUAUGCGGUGGGUUAGUAGUGGUUCUAGUGCCGGGCCGGCCAAAUGAGGUUCCACAUUCAGAGUGUAUUGGGAAUGUGUUGUUUGAGGUGUUGGGUUGUUGCUUGUUGGACAUGGCUAAAGAGGGGAAGAUUGAUGAAGAGAAGGUAGACUCUCUCAACAUACCAAUAUACUAUGCAUCGCCUCAAGAAUUAAAGGAAAUAGUUGAUCGCAACGGUUGCUUUACAAUAGAGAAAAUGAAAGGACUGCCUCGCAUUGUAGAACCUGAGACGAAGGAUCACGCUAGACGACUUGCAAUAGGUGUAAGAGUUGGCGUCGAGGCAGUGUUAAAGGGCCACUUUGAAGACGAAUCGAUAGAUGAGCUCUUUCAGUCAUUUAGCAAUAGAUUAGAAGAACAGCCUUCUUUGUAUUCGUCUGGUGGAGCAGCUAUAUUGUUUUCCGUACUUAGAAGAAAUGAUAAAUGA